AUCCACAAUUAGGGUUUCACUGCAAUUUGGGUUAAAACUUGUAAACCACCACUCUAUAACUCCUUCAAUCUUCGCCGCUUUCAUCUUCCUCACAAAAAAAAGACUGAAGUUGCAGAAAUGGUGUCACUCAAGCUGCAGAAGCGGCUCUCUGCUAGCGUACUCAAAUGCGGGAAGAAGAAGACUUGGCUUGACCCCAAUGAGACCAAUGAGAUCUCCAUGGCUAACUCUCGACAAAACAUAAGAAAGCUAAUCAAAGAUGGAUUUAUCAUCAAAAAGCCAUCAAACAUCCAUUCCCGUUCCCGUGCUCGCCGAAUGCUAGUAGCAAAGAGAAAAGGGCGUCACUCUGGCUAUGGUAAACGUAAAGGUACCAGGGAGGCAAGGUUGCCUACAAAAAUUCUCUGGAUGAGGAGAAUGCGUGUACUAAGGCGUCUGCUCCGCAAAUACAGGGAGUCCAAGAAAAUUGACAAGCACAUGUAUCACGACAUGUACAUGAAGGUCAAGGGUAAUGUCUUUAAAAACAAACGUGUUCUGAUGGAGAACAUCCACAAGUCAAAGGCUGAAAAGGCAAGAGAAAAGAAUCUCUCUGAUCAGUUUGAGGCUAGGCGUGCAAAGAACAAGGCUAGCAGGGAGAGAAAGAUUGCAAGGAGGGAUGAACGUCUUGCGUUGGGGCCUGUAGAGAAAGCUCCAGCACCAACACCAGCAGCUGCUCCAAAGCCAGCAGAGCCAAUUAAAAAAUCCAAGAAGUGAAGCAGUGAUAUCGAGUAGGUCUUAAAAUUCUGUUUUCAUUGGAGCAAUUGUGAAAAGACUUGAUUAACUUGGAUCACAAAUUUUGGCCUCUGAAGAAAGUUUUCCGUUUUUUUUUUCAUUUUAUUCAUUGCAAGACAAACAAUUAUGUUUGCGACGGUUGAUGUAGUUGCCAAAGACACGAACUACUGCACAGUUUUGGUAAAUUUGGUAAUCAAUUGGAAUUUUUGUAAUGUGCAAUGAGCUAUGUGAGUGUCGGUGACAUGAAAUCUAUUGGUGUUUCUUUUUCUAGCUGUGCUGGGAAAUCACCAAUUGACCAGCUUGACCUAGAUAAGAUUUGUGGUUUUGUUGUCUGGUCAGGCUAGAUGACGGUUGGUGUUCUUA